AGACGACAGAAACCACCCCCUCUGCCACACGUCCACAUCCUGCUACUCAGGAUAUGUUGUGUGUCUGUGCUGGGAGCUCAGCUGUACUUUAGACCUGUGCUGUUUUAUGUUUAUGCCUCACAGCAUCACUAAAAUGAUCUUCUCAAUAGUUAUUCUUUUGCUUAUUUCUGUCCCUGCAUCACAAGAGGCAUCCACUGCCAUGGGACGCUCUGAAUAUACUUCUGUGUCACUGACUACAACACAACAAAUCAUCACCACCGUCGACUCAACUGCAACAACAUUUUUAGAAAAAACAAACAGCAAAGUCACAGAGACAGUACAACCUGAAAGUCCAAGAACCCAGACAUCCACUUACAUGACUUCUGGAGAUACUUCUGAGACACUGACCACAACACAACAAACCAUAAUUCAACAAACAACAACGGAUGUAGCCAACAACACUCAGACGACCUCUUCACAAUCUCUUCUGACAAUUCUGACAACCGAAUCUGCGAUUACCAUCGUCAACUCAACUGAAACAUUUUCAGAAAAACCAAACGGAACAGCAGCUCAGGGAGACAGAGAAGGACAAGACGUGGCAGUAAAUCCAGGGCUCAUUGCAGUUCUGUGUAUUUUCUGCAUUGUGAUGGCUGUAGUUGUUGUGGUUGUGAUAGUAAAGGCGGUUCGCUCCAGAAGGCCACAUUUUGAGAGGCUUGAUGAUGUAUCAAUGGGCAAGAUGAGUGAGGACGCACCAUUUGCCCACUAUCCUCCAAAAUGAAGGGCAGCUUCUGUCUCAACAAACUGCAUAGUUAUGCCUCUCAUAUUUUUCUUGUUUGUUUCUAAAUGAAAUGCAACAUUUUAAUUUAUAGACUUGAUGUGCAAUACACAGUGUAUUUAGGAAAUCUGAUAAUAAUGUGAUUAUUUUUUUUUCUUAAAAUGCCACAACCCACAACAAACCUUUUAUUAGUUUAACGUUAAUUUAGUUUAAUUGCCCAUUUCUUUUGAUAAAAGCUAUACUUUAUGCUAAAUGAUUACAUGUAAUUUUAAUGUAAAAUGUCCAUAAGGAUAAACGCACUCUGAAGACCA